AUGAGUAAAGUUUCAAUAGUUAUCUAUCCUCCUUAUCCUCGUAAUAUUCAUUACCUCUUCUUAAUUUUCUCCUCGUCCUCUUCUAUUUCUCCUCCGCCUCCUUCUUCUCUUCGGCUUCUUCGCUUUUUCUUUUUCUUCUCGUCCUCUUUUUCGUCUCCCCCUCUUCUUCGCUUCUUCUUCAUAUUCUCCCCGUCCUCCUCCUCUUCUACUACUUCUCCUCCUACUCUUCUUCUUCUACUCUUCUGUUUGGCUUCUUUUUCUUUUAUACUCUUCUUCUUCUGUUCUUCUUCUUCUUCUUCUUCUUCUUCUUCUUCGUCUCGUCUUCGCUUCUUCUUCAUUUUUUCCUCGUCCGCUUCUUCUUCUGCUUCGCCAACCCUAUUCUUCUAUUCCUCGUUCUCUUCUUUUUUCCUUCUUCUUCUUCUUCUUCUUCUUUUUCUUCUUCUUCUUCGCUUUUCUUUUUCUUCUUCGUCUCCUCCUCCUCUUCUUCGCUUCUUCUUCAUUUUCUCCUCGUCCUCCUCUUCUUCCUCUGCUUCGCCAACCCUAGUCUUUUAUUCCUUGUUCUUUUCUUCUUCUUCGCUUUUUCUUUUUCUUCUCGUCCUCUUCUUCAUCUCCUUACUCCUCUUCUUCGCUUCUUCAUUUUCUCCCCGUCUUCGUUUUCUUCUACUUCUCCUCUUCCUCUUCUUCUUCUUCUUCUACACUUCGUCUUUUUCUUUUAUCCUUUUCUUCUUUUCUUCUACUUCGCUUCUUCUUUUUCUUCUGCUCGUCCUUGUCUUCUUCAUCUUCGGGGAUUUUUACGUUCGUCUCUUUAAAAAUAUAUAUAAAAUUAAAUCUAUAUAUCUAUCUAUCUAUCUAUCUAUCUAUCUAUCUAUCUAUCUAUCUAUGUUCACAGUCAGUUUAUAUCUAUCUAUCUAUCUAUAUAUCUAUCUAUCUAUCUAUCUGAAUCAUUCUCUUGUUAACUAUCUCAUUCUGUUGAUAUCUAUCUUUGUCAUUCAGUUCAUUAUCUAUCUAUCUAUCUAUCUAUCUAUCUAUCUAUCUAUCUAUCUACACCCUUUGAAAGAAAGGAAACUAAAGCGGUUGUUUCAAUUAAUUUGCACAAGGAUCUAUCUAUCUAUCUAUCUAUCUAUCUAUCUAUCUAUCUAUCUAUCUAUCUAUCUAAUUCUUCAGAUAUCUAUCUAUCUAUGUAUAUAA